AGAUCCGAGGAAGGGCUUCUAUAAUUAAUAAUUAUAGGAACGUGUCACGACCAAGAUGCGGCGAAUACGGGAGAUCUGUUCGAAGUGUACUUUGGGUUUGCCUUCUCUUUCUUCUUUCCCGUAUACCUCGUACGCACAGCGUACCCAAAUUCUCGUAAAGCACAGCAAACAUGCCCCCUCUCGUGCGUCGCUCAACCACAAGCUCAAUCCCCACUCUCCUCUCCCUCACGAAACUCGUACAACUUGUACCACGAUCAGCUCAACAAUGGUCCUCCUUCGGUGCAGCUACCCCGCCAAUUGAGCCUGAAGAUCCUCCCGACAGUCCUAAAUUUUGGUGGAAGCUUGGCCUGAGUGUGGUUCUUGUGUUGGCCGGUGGAGUAUUUGCCGGUUUGACUUUGGCUUUGAUGGGUUCGGACGACUUGAACCUUCGGGUGCUCUCAACAUCUUCCUGCAAUCCCAAAGAGCGCAAAGCGGCGAACAAAGUAUUGAGGCUUCUUGCCAGAGGUCGACAUUGGGUAUUGGUCGUGUUAUUGUUGGGUAAUGUCAUUGUUAAUGAAUCGCUACCCAUCUUCCUAGAUGAUGUUCUCGGUGGUGGACUGUCUGCCAUCAUCGUGUCAACGACAAUGAUCGUCAUUUUUGGCGAGAUUAUUCCUCAAGCUAUUUGCGUUAGAUAUGGCCUUUCUAUUGGCGGCGUCUGUGCACCCGUGGUGUGGGCACUCAUGAUUCUCUUCGCGCCCAUCGCAUGGCCGAUCGCAAAGCUCUUGGACCGUAUCUUAGGGAAAGAUGAAGGUCAUACCUAUAAGAAAGCAGAACUCAAGAGUUUCUUGCAGUUUCAUCGUGAAGGCGAGGAGCCGCUGCGUGACGACGAAAUUGUGAUUCUCAACAGCGUCCUUUCACUGAAUGACAAGCACGCCAAGGAAAUCAUGACUCCUAUUGAAGACUGCUUGAUCCUUCCUUCCAACAAAAUUCUCAACCACGAUACCAUAGAUGAGAUCCUAUUGUCAGGGUUCUCUCGAAUCCCUAUUCAUGAGCCUGGUCAGAAAGACAACUUUAUCGGAAUGCUCUUAGUCAAAAAGCUCAUAUCUUACAAUCCCGAUGAUGAAUGGCCCGUGUCCAAGUUCCCCCUCCUUCCGCUGCCGGAAGCCAAGCCUGAAAUCAACUGUUUUCAGGCCCUGGAUUACUUCCAAACUGGGCGAGCACAUCUUAUACUCAUCAGUGACACACCUGGCCAAAGGGGAGGUGCUUUGGGAAUCGUCAGCUUGGAAGAUUUGAUCGAAGAGAUUAUUGGUGAGGAAAUUGUGGACGAGACUGAUAGAUAUCAGGACAACCACUCUAAGAAGGCGGUCAAGAGGUCUGGUACAGCUGCUGUCAUGCGUGGCAUUAUCGAGCGUCGCCGAGUUCUAAACGCAUUCAGUCGAGCUCCGUCUCGAUCCGAUCCGCAGACACCUGUUGGCCUUAGCGGCCCCGAUGGUAAAGGAGCCAAUUCGACCAAUGGUAUCCUUGUUCAAGUAUCUGAAGGAUCCCUCAUCGCUGAGACCGUUGACCUUUCCAACGACGGUGCGACUGCUGCAGCGGACCCCUCCAGACGAUUGGUGAUCAGUGCGGCUGAACCCAUGAGCCCUAUACAAGAGAUCAGUACUAGCCCGGAGAUCAUGUAUGAAGCUAUACAGAAUGGAAAUAGGGAAAAUGGUGUUCAGGAGGAAAGUAAAGAUGUCAAGGAUGCUAAGAGGAGCGCUUUAGAUCAAGAAGCAAAAAAUGGGUCAAACCUUGAAUCUGAAGCAUACCCAGAUCAUGAGAUCUUUGAGAUGGCCUGUAAAGCAUUGGUGGAUAAGUAUUGUCUGACAAAAGAAGGGGAAGUUGGGCCGGGGAGAACGAACAAAGGUUGGGAAUGGAGGGAACAUAAGUUUGUAGCCCACCAAGGGUACCUCUACCGCCGGAUCGUACGUUAUGCACCCUCUACUCUUUUCAGCUAUCCUUUGGGCCAGACUCACUCGGAUCAAUCGUUCAACCAAACCAAUGAGGAUGAGGAAGAUUUAGAAGACGCAGAAGACAGUGCCCUUUUGCCUCAACAACAAGAUGUACUGCGGUCAACUAAGGUUGAGAUAGAGCAAUAUAUCGUUUACUCUAGGACUUAUAGAGUGCCCAUGUACUGUUUCAGGGCUUGGGACGAAGCUGGAGCGCCCCUCUCCAUCUCUCUUCUUCUCAAGUUGAACAUCCUUCACCCUCCUUCACCCCCACAGCCCCUGGGUUUUGGCGACUUUGGGGCUGCCUUGGACACCCUCAUGCUCCCUCCUGAGAAUCUGCCAGGAGAAGACACAUCGCCUUUUCCUCUUGUGCAGUCCACAGAACAUCCCACGACCGGAGAGCUUGUCUUUAGUAUACAUCCUUGUAGAAUCGGCGGGGCGGUUGAAGAAGUCUUAACGACGGAGGGACUGGGUAAAGGGGCUCAAGCCGGUUUGGAGUGGCUGGAAGUUUGGAUGGCGAUGACUAGCAAAAUUGCCGACUUGACAUACGCUUAAAAUAUUUUCACGGAAUAUUUGUUGCAUCAUUUGUAUCCAGCA